CCCUCCGCCGCCGCCUCAGCGCGGGGGGCUGAGCGAGCGGCCCCUCUGCUCGUGGGAACGGGGCUGCUGGCACCGGGACCCGCCCCGGGGAUCCCCCUCAGUCCCUUUGGGAGCCGCGCCAUGGCAUCUCCACGGACUUCAGUUUUUGGGUGGUUUGGUGGUCCCUGCUCCUCGCUUGUGGACCCAGGCAAUUAAAGCACAGUCCCAGGGUUCGGUGCCUGCCCAAGCAGUGCCGCUCUGGGGUUCAGUCCAGGACUAAAUGGCAAGAAAAUGGACCGUUUGAAGCACUGGGUUUGAUUGCUUGAGUGAAGGGGCUCUGCUGAGGAUACCCCACAGGAAUCUGUCGGGUGUCUCUGUCAUCCCACUCUUCCCUGAUAUGGAACAAAGUGAAGGUGAACAGGAAUCCCAGGCAGAGAGUCACGUGGAGAGUAAGAGCAGCGUGAAAUCCUUGCCUGGGGGAACAGCCCAUGUCAAACUAGAGAUAAAAAAACAUGCAGUUACAGACGACUACAAACUCUCCAAACGUGUGCUAGGGUUAGGAAUCAAUGGCAAAGUACUGGAGUGUUUCAACAAGGAGACAGGCCAGAAAUGUGCUUUGAAGCUCCUGUACGACAACCCCAAAGCCCGUCAGGAAGUCGAGUAUCACUGGCGAGCCUCGGGCUGUCCUCACAUUGUCCAUGUCCUGGAUGUGUAUGAGAAUAUCCAUCAUGGAAAGAGAUGCCUGCUCAUUGUCAUGGAAUGCAUGGAGGGAGGAGAGCUGUUUAGCAGGAUCCAGGAGAGAGGAGACCAAGCUUUCACUGAGAGAGAGGCCUCUGAAAUAAUGAGAGACAUUGGGACAGCCAUCCAGUACCUGCACUCCAUGAACAUUGCGCACAGAGAUGUCAAGCCUGAAAACCUGCUUUACACAUCUAAAGACAAAGAUACUGUGCUCAAACUCACAGACUUCGGCUUUGCCAAAGAAACCACUGUAAAUGCACUGCAGACCCCCUGUUACACUCCUUAUUAUGUGGCCCCAGAAGUCCUUGGUCCUGAGAAGUAUGACAAAUCAUGUGACAUGUGGUCAUUGGGUGUCAUCACAUAUAUUCUCCUGUGUGGGUUCCCUCCGUUCUACUCAAACACCGGUCAAGCCAUUUCUCCAGGGAUGAAGAGAAGAAUUCGGAUGGGGCAAUAUGGAUUUCCCAAUCCAGAGUGGGCUGAAGUAUCAGAGGAAGCCAAACAGCUCAUUCGCCAUUUACUGAAGACUGACCCAACAGAGAGGAUGACAGUCUCUCAGUUUAUGAAUCACCCGUGGAUUAAUAGAUCAAUGUCAGUGCCACCAACUCCUCUUCACACUGCACGUGUCCUGCAAGAGGAUAAAGACCACUGGGAUGAAGUUAAAGAGGAGAUGACCAGUGCUCUGGCUACCAUGAGGGUGGACUAUGAUCAAGUGAAAAUCAAAGACUUGAAAACGUCCAACAACCGCCUCCUGAACAAGCGCCGCAAGAAACAGAAGCAGGCGGGCGCCUCCUCUGCGGCCCCGGGCUGCAACAACCAGUGAGGGCAGCAGCCAAGGACCUGUGGGUAGAGGCUAAAAGUAAAACAGAGCAAUUUAAAUCAUAUGAUCGCCUCAGUCCACACCACAAAGGCAUUGAGACUGUGAAGAUGCUCUCCUGCAAAGAGGGAACAGUGUGAUAACGUUUUGAUAACUUGAAUCAGGGCUUUGCUUUUGAAGACUGAUGGAUCUGACAUGAUUCUGUUGCAUAUUGCAAGGGAAUAUGAAUAACAGAAAUGUUACAGGUUUUUGGUUUGGCUUUAACUCCGUAGGACAAAAGGGGAGAACAGGAGGCAGUCUCAGCAUCCUAAUGCACUGAGGCUUUAACAGCCAUCUACAAGAGUAACUUCUGCUGCUGUUUUAAACUGGGGAAUAGAAAGGUGCCAAGUGUUCUGCUAAGAGUGUUUUAGUAGUUUAGUAGAAUUGGUAAUAGUCUAUAUUUCCAAACUUACCUCCUGUAGUUACUGAAUAUCACCUAAACUGUAAACAGUUCUUCUUGUUACAGGAAAAAGCAUCCAUACAUUUCCAUUUCCAUAAAGUCCUCAUGUAGUCUUAUGUGAAGAUUUGAGUUUGUUAUGGAUUCCCAUUUGAUAACAUGUAAAUUUUCUGAGCUGUAGCCACUAUGCUGUAUCUUUGCCACUGUCAGACCCCUCACUUGUAAUGUUUUCAAUUUAACUGGUACUUUAUGUGAAGAGUUUCAGUAAGGAUUUAAGUAGUUGAAAGUAUCCUGCAGAGAAUAUUGCUGUUCCCCUUGGAUCCACAACCUCCAGGACAUGCAGCUGGACAUGCAAGGGGAUUGCUUUAGAAGAGAGACUUCUGAAAUUUGGGAAGAAGUGGCAAAUGCAUGUACUCUGAAUGGACCCUGGUGUCUGCCAGCAUCCCUUCUGGUAAUUAUUUCCAGAUCCUGUGCCUAAGAUGUGAUAAUCACAGCAAAUUGUGGGGUGCUGGGGUUGGUUUGUUUCCCAGGGAUAGGAGUGGGGAGGGUGCUACUGUAUUUAUGGUGAUAUGGUGGUGUUUCAGGAUCCAAAGAUUAUCCCCACUUAAGGAAGAUUACUUUUAAAUACAUCCACCCAUUGCUUUUUUUUUUCCUAUUUUAAUACCUUUUUCAUAGGAACCUGGCCUUGGUUUGCUGGUAUGUUUUAUUUUGUGAUUGAAAUAUUUUAUCUCACUGUAUUUUUGGGUUUGGCUUUAUUUUCAGUUUAGUUGAAGCAAAUAUUUGUGAAAGUGCUGUCAUAGUCUGGGGUGAAAAUGAUGUGCUUCCAGUGAUUCAGGCACAUACACCUUUGAGGUAGGCACACAGAGUACUGGUGUGUUAAUAGGCUUGGAAGAAUGUAAAAAGAUGAAAAGGAAAACAGGGCUCCAGAGUGGAUCUGAAUUGUCAGAUCAGAGUGACACACAGCAAAGCUCAGCUCGAGGCUUUGGACCUCAUCAGGGGAGUCCAGUUCCCAUCUUCAGAGUGGUGAAUGAGACCUCAAUUCUCCUUUGUGAACUGGUCCUAGGGUUUUGUAACAUGAUUUAUUAAAAUCAGUUUUUAACAUUCCUUCCUCCUGUCAUCCCUGUUUUUGUUGAAUUGUUGCAGAGUUUUUAUUGCUUUGCAAGAUACAUCUGUGUUGAAGGUGACAGGGAAUAGGAGAAGGAAAGUGUUCCAUGAUGUCCACAUUCAAAAGCUGCCCAACUCUGAACAUUUUUUAAGAUCACAUGGUUUUGGUUUUAAGUAUCAAUCUCUGUGAAGUUGUAUUUGAAAAUUAUUUCAUGUUUCUGGUAUCUGUGAUUAUAGCAUGUCUUGUAUGUUUUUGUUUUGCCAUAUCACUCCAGUGAAUUAUGCAAAUAUUAUUCACUACCUGCAAAUGAA